UUCUGCUUCCCUCCUCCUCCUCCUCCUCCCUCCGUCAGCUCCGCGAAGAGCGUUUCCGUCCCCGUGCGUUUUCAGAAUGAAAAGGGGCUUCUGCGGGGGGAAGGAAUAGAUGUCAUCUUGAAACGAACGGCGGUGGUGUUGCCGGGUGAUGGAAGGGAUGGUCGUCACCGUGAGGUAGGAAUAUUUUGCUGGGUGCAGAGGAAAAAUAGCGAGGGUAGGGCGGCUGCCGCUACGACUAAAAUGACCUUCUCCGGAGAUGCUGGCCUCCUAUCGGCUCUGCUUCAGCUCCAGCCCUUUCCACAAAACUCAGGCGUCGCCCUUCCCAGCCCGGACCCCAGCAGCCGGUGUCCGAGCUGCCCCGAGCCGCCGCGCUCUGGUACCGAUUCCAUUUGGUUGCGCGUUGGGGAGAGGACCCCCCGCGCACGGCUCUGCUCCCCGGGGCUGUGCAGCUCUCCCGGUGCAACCUCCGGCUGCUGGGGGUCUGCAGAGUCCCGCGGCUGCUUGCUGUGAGGGUGCUCUGCUUCGUCCACGUUCAUGCAUGUGGGGGAUCGGGAGGUUUUAUGACAUCAAUCUGCACCUGUGCACGGCUCCAUCUGCGGUGCUGAGCCACAAGUUCCAUGGUCUGUUCGUAUCUGCGUUUCGAGUGAGGGAUUCCUCCAUACACACCCAACGCUUCGGUUAGCAUACAGACUGUGGCCAAGUAGGAAUGAGACAUAGCAGGAUGGCAAGGGAAGGUAUAUCUAUAAAAGUGAAUCAUCCUAUGAUGUGGAAAGCACAGACUUACAGAACUGAAUUGGAUCAGCUGAAGAAGUGAGAGCAGAGAAACAACAAAUUCAGCACCACUGAAAAGAGUGUCAACAUUAUCUAGCAGCAUCACCACAGCAACCAGAAAAUACAGUUAGAAGACGAGGGCUAGAACAGAGAAGGUGAAAGUGCGGCUCCUUACCUUUGGACAGAAGGCAGCAAAAUAAUUAUGCAGAACAGAAAAGAAUAUUUGAUAGAUCUAGCCAAACUGUGGCAAAGGGAAGUGUCCCUUCAUUAACAGGAAUGUGCCACUGUUUAUGCGCUGUAAAGGGGAGUGCCAUGAGAUCUACUGAAGAGACUAUUUCUGUGGUUGCCUAUCUGCACAUGUUUGCACCCCUGCUGGCACUGAAUUAGGUGGUACAGGCCUCUUGGACCAGUAGGUAUUGGAUUUUUUUCCCCUGUACAAGGUGUACCUGGCACGAGAGCUGAUAGACACCACAGAUCUUUCUCAGAGACACAAAGGAACUGAGACAAUCUCCAGCCUUCCUUUUCUGUAACAGCCUGCUAUACCAUGGGAUGUAGGCAAAGCUCUGAGGAGAAAGAGGCAGCGCGGCGGUCCCGUAGGAUUGACCGCCACCUGCGCUCUGAAAGUCAGCGCCAACGAAGAGAGAUCAAGCUCCUUCUCCUGGGUACCAGCAACUCUGGGAAGAGUACUAUUGUAAAGCAGAUGAAAAUCAUUCACAGUGGUGGCUUUAAUUUGGAGGCUUGCAAGGAAUACAAACCUCUGAUUAUCUAUAAUGCAAUUGACUCCCUCACACGCAUCAUUCGGGCUCUAGCUACGCUUAAGAUAGAAUUUCACAACCCUGACAGAGCGUACGAUGCUGUGCAGCUCUUUGCCCUGACAGGUCCAGCCGAGAGCAAAGGCGAGAUCACUCCUGAGCUUCUGGGAGUCAUGAAACGGCUCUGGGCAGACCCUGGUGUGCAGGAGUGUUUCUGCCGCUCCAACGAGUACCACCUGGAGGAUAAUGCUGCAUACUACUUAAAUGACCUAGAAAGGAUUGCAGCACUGGACUACAUCCCUACCGUGGAAGAUAUUCUGCGUUCUCGGGACAUGACCACAGGGAUUGUAGAAAAUAAGUUCACGUUCAAAGAGCUGACUUUCAAAAUGGUGGAUGUGGGUGGACAGAGAUCUGAACGUAAGAAAUGGAUCCACUGUUUCGAGGGGGUAACAGCAAUAAUUUUCUGUGUGGAGCUGAGUGGAUACGACUUGAAGCUGUAUGAAGAUAACCAAACAAGUCGAAUGGCAGAAAGUUUGCGUCUCUUUGAUUCCAUCUGCAACAACAACUGGUUUAUCAACACUUCCCUCAUCCUUUUUUUGAAUAAGAAAGAUCUGCUGGCAGAAAAAAUCCGACGCAUUCCCUUAACAGUCUGCUUUCCUGAAUACAAAGGCCAAAACACUUAUGAGGAGGCAGCAGUCUACAUCCAGCGCCAGUUUGAGGACUUAAAUCGCAACAAGGAGACCAAGGAGAUCUACUCACACUUCACCUGCGCCACUGAUACCAGUAACAUCCAAUUUGUCUUUGAUGCAGUGACAGAUGUCAUCAUUCAGAACAAUCUCAAAUACAUUGGCCUCUGCUAAGAAUCCUUGGGCUUAAUCUGUUUUGCUGAAGUAAUUGAAAAAGAGGCUAACCAUUUCCACUUCUUGUGGAAAAAAUGGGGCAAUGCUUAGUAGCCCAAGGAGCGAAAAGGGGAAAUCUGAUGUAUGUACACAGUUCCUCUUAUGCCCCCUUAGCCUGUUACAUUAUUUUUCACAAAUACACGUUAUGGAGCGUGAAAGUCUCCUCUCAAAAAAAAAAAAAAUCACACACACAUAAAAAAUAAGAAUGCCCCCAAAUGAAAAAGAAACCACACAAAAAAUCCAAACAAAAUCAGCAAGAGAGAUUGAGGCCUAACUCUGUGGAGGUGUUUUCACCACAGUCGCUGCACUUUUAUUCCAUUUGUUUCAUGCUAUUUCCUACAGUGGGAGUGUUAUCAUGUUCUAUGUAAGAAAUAAUUCUUCAUCCAAUUGUCCUAAAAUUUUACUGACAUGAAGAUAUAAAGCUGGUGAGUGAUAGAUGAACUCAUUUGCAUGGUGUGAAGCAGAAUGAUUGUGUUGGGGUGAAUAACUAGUUCAAAUCAAAAGCUACAGAACAGGAGUGCUUGAGCAAAAUACUACUUAAUGUUUUAGAGAAUGGACAUGUACCCACAAUACUGGUACACAGAGCCAAACUAUAUACACAUACAUCAGGUAUGCACAUGCACAUGACUCACAGCAUAUACUGUGUACACACUUCUGCUUUACUCUUUCAUGGACAUCUUGCCUGUUAAAGGAAUUGUUGGUGCACAACUGUUCUGUGAUUUUCAAACUGACUAUCUUUCAGACUAUCUAAUCACUAUCUGUGAUUCCAAACUGACUAGCAGCCCUUUCUGCUGUUUAAGGCUUCAAAAUAUGCAGCAAAACUACAAAAAAAUGAAUCUAUGAAUAGGCCAAAUUAAGGUCAGUGUUUCUUCUACUGGUAAGGAGUUUUAUACAUCAAAACAGUCUUCUUUUACAUAUUUUUUUGCCAAAUCUUGUGGUGUUUCACAAAAAAAAAAAACAACAAAAAACAAAAAACAACACUCUAUAUUUAAGAAGUAGGUUAGUGUUCCUUUUUUAAUACAGAUUAAAAAUAAAUAAAUCACAAAGCAGUUUUUUAAAUUAUUGUUGUAGUGUCUGGACUGCUGAAUGUGAAAGUUGCCAAUGGACAAUUCUGUUCCACUGCUCCGAAUACAUUCUGGGAAUUGUAAUAUUGUAACAGAUUUCUCAAGAAGCAGGAGCCAUGGCAAUGGUGUAGUGUAUAGCCUCCAAAGUCUUUUUUUUGUUGGGUUUUUAAUUAUUUAAAAGAAAAAAUGUGAUGUAUUAUUAGAAGGUUAAAGAUGAGCGAUAUGAACAAUAACUAAAUGUCUUGAUAUUUCAAUUUAAUAAUUUAAAUUAUUUACAGUUUAGUGAAGUCAAGGAAACUGAAGAGAUACAUUCCUCAGCUCCAGGUUUCAUCUCAUGAAGAAACACUACUGGAUGGAAUAACAUUCCGGCAAAGGUUUGAAUGCAUAAGAAACUCUGUGGGACUAUACUGGAAAAUCGCAAAUGGAUCAGUUGAUUCUUUCCCCUGCCAUAGAAAAGACUUCUCAAAGACUUCAGUGUAAAGUUGGUGUGUAAAUAUAUGUUUGAUAAUUGUAAAGCACAUACGUACACAGAGACACAGACACACAUGCACACUGGAAAAUAUCCUUCUACUUUUGUUCCCCCAUGUACUAUGAUUAGUGCAAGAAAUCUCAGCCAAGGGCUCUCAGAAAUUUAAAACAAAAAGGUUAAUAACAUCAACAUUUAAACUGUCCACUUAAAAAAUAAAUAAUUCAAAUGAUAAUGCAUUUGUCUAUAGUGUGUUCAUUACUAAGUAUUAUGAUAUAGCAGUUACUUAACUGAACGAUGUUAUGAUUCAUUUGUGACAGACUGUUGAGUUUUGUUAAUUUGUUCCAGAAUGUUUUGUUCAAUUUAUUCACUAACAUUCCGGAAAUGUUGAUCUUAAGCAAUUACAUUUGACCAACUUGGCAAGUUUCAAGGGAUGUCUUCCCAUGUAAUGUCUUUAAAAAUUAUGACUGCCUGUUGUUGUUAGAUGUUUUUGGGAGAUGGUUAGUAGCAAUUUUAGGAGAGAAGCCAUAGAUCAAGGUUAAGAUGAAGCAACGGGGAAGAAAAUUGUGAGAACUUCCAUAGUGUUUCCAUUCUAAAUUUCUUUCCAUAGUGUAAUACACUUUUAUUAGCUAAUUGUGAACAUUGUGGAAAAGGUUUACAAUGAGUCUGGACUUCUAUUUCCCAUUAAUGGACUGUGAGAUGGUAUGCCUCUUUCACCUCUAGCUUUCGUAGCACAGUGGCAAUUUCAGACUGGU